AUGAGUACUACUAUUCAACAACCUCAUAACUCAGAAUCCAAAACCAUCUCAAACAAUUCCCCACCACAAUCCCAAAAAAUCAAACGCAUUCGAGACACUGACACUGACACAAACACAAACAAGCAUCCCCUCUACCGCGGCGUCCGUAUGCGAAACUGGGGAAAAUGGGUGUCUGAAAUCCGUGAGCCGAAGAAAAAGUCCCGAAUAUGGCUCGGCACAUUCCCAACUCCAGAAAUGGCAGCUCGAGCACACGACGUAGCCGCUCUCAGCAUCAAAGGAAAUGCUGCCAUUCUCAAUUUCCCCGAGUUGGCCAACUCGCUCCCCCGGCCGGCUUCUGUCUCUCCCCGCGACGUUCAGGCCGCUGCCACGAAAGCCGCUCACAUGGAGUUUCCUUCGUCCGCAGCCCCGUAUGAGUUGAGUGAGAUAAUCGAACUUCCUAGUCUCGGAAACAGCGGUGAAUUCGAGAAGGAGUUUGUGUUUAUUGACUCUAUUGACGCUUCGUGGAUGUUUCAGCCUCCAUGCUUGCACACCAUGGAAGAUGUUCUUUGGAGUGAAGUUUAUAGUAACUAUGGCUAG